AUGGCUCCAUUCCUACCAAUGGACAAAAUUUACAUCUGCAUGGAGGUGAUAGCACAAUUGAAAGAAGCCCAUCUUGUGAGAAAUGAUCUAAAGUCCCAUAGUUAUCCUAUGCCCAUUAGGCUUGAGGGGGGUAUGCGCUUGAUUAAUACUUUUGAAGAGGAAUUUAUUGAAGAUACAUGGAUCAAACUCAGUAAGAAGGUUGCUUCAGGUAUAUCCCGAAGUGUUGCUUCAUUCAAAGGAGAAGAAAGGUUUGUCGCUUGCACUGGUAUAUUUGUAGACUCCAAUGAAUCCACCUCAAGAGUUUUGACUUCAGCAAGUUUGGUUAGAACUUGUGCUGAUGAAUACAAGAUUGCUGAUAACUUAAGGAUUAAAGUGUACCUUCCAAAUAAGCAAGUUGCUGAAGGGACAUUGCAACAUUACAAUUUGAGUUAUAAUAUUGCUCUGGUCAGUGUCUUGGGUUUCCGUUGUCUUCAAACCGCAGAACUCCACAAUCAGAGGCAAAUUGAACCCCAUAUGGAGGUAGUAGCUGUAGGACGCAUCUUUGAAUCAGGCAAAUUAAUGGCCGCAAGUGAGAUAGUGGCUGACAAAGAAGGUAAUCUCGACUGCAAAGAGCUUAUGAUCUCCACUUGUAAAGUCACAAAGGCCGGUAUUGGAGGGACCCUGAUUGAUUUUGAUGGGAAUUUCAUUGGCAUGAACUUCCAUGGUAUGGAAGAAACACAUUAUCUACCAAGGUCUAUGGUUCUGGAAUUAUUGAGGCAUUUUGAAGGGUCUGAUGAUGCUGAUGAGGCUAGUUACAAGAAGCCGAACAGAUGGCCUGUGCCUGAACCACGUUGGUCCUAUCCUCGCAGCAGGGCACCACGGGCCUGGACUAUCGAUGGCGUGUACGAUUUCCUUGAAAUCUUGCUUUAA